UUACAUCUGUGUUGGGUGGUGGGAAGUAGCGAUCACCCAGAGCCCCACUAGGACCCUGACGUGAGCCCCCCUAGGGCUCUGACAUCUGCCUCCUCCUUCCAUUAAUCUCCACAAUAACUUUGUUUUUCCUUCUUGUGCUGGGUUUAGUACCCAGGGAAAAGAAAUCAAAUGUCAGUCUACUGCCCUCGUGCGAUGUAAAGCGAGUGAGAGCAGUGAGCCCACGAGCAUUGUUGAUGCACGUGAGGAGCCAUCCAGUUGGCAGUGGAGCAGUUGCUGUGUUUGUGAGAUGAGUGUCUGGUUUGAGUCGAGAACAUCCAUCUGCGAGGAAAGAGCCGGGGGGAAUUGUGAUGUGACGUGACUGUCCUGUUCUGACACGUCCCCUUCAUGCCCUGACAGGCUGCAGUGUCAUGUCCCAUCCUCCCAGAGAAGAGAGAUGGCUGCCGUGGGGCCAGCUCAGGGGCCGGUGACUUUCGAGGAGGUGGCUGUGUAUUUCACCAGGGAAGAGUGGGCUCUGCUGGACCCUGCUCAGAGAGCCCUUUACAGACAUGUCAUGCAGGAGAACUACAAGAACGUGACCUCGCUGGGUGAGGGGAUGGUGAGAGAGACUGUGGAGCAGAUGCCUCAGCAGGAAGAGGAGCAAGUGGAAGCACGUGGGGCGUUGUUGAAAAGAUGCAAAGGGAGUGUGUCCAGGAGUUGUGAGCAGGGAAAAGGCUCUCAGGGGCAGCACAGGCCAGAGAAGCGUCAGGGGAACCAGCCAGCGCAGAAAGUUGGAAUAUCUGUUCAUUAUCGGGAAACUCACAAAGGCCUCAAGGAAGCCACGGCCUGGCAGAGAAUCCUUACGGGAGAGAGAAAUAACACGGGCUUUGAGAGUGGGAAAAAGUUCAGGAGGUGCUCACACCAUCAGAGAAUCCACACUGGAGACAGACCCUAUGGAUGCUGCGAAGGAAACGUCCAGGAGCCCCAGCCAGAGGAGAAACUGGCAGACGUGGACCUGAGCAGCGAGGACGCCCUCCUAAGCAGACAUGAACAGUUGUCAGGUUGA